GGGUAUUCGAAGUUAGUGAAAAAUAGUUCAACAUUGGAGAGAAUUCACCAAAAUUAAUAAAACCAUCCGGAAGAACUUGUUUUUUUAGACACAUCUAAGGGCUUAAUUAUACGAUUACACGGAAGAGCUCUGUAUCUACAUUUACCUCACAAACUGAGAAUACCGCUUUGCAUCUAGCCACAAUGGAUAGCAAACCGACAGUAAUCGCCCUCUUGUUAUCCAUGAAAUGCAAGCUAUUGUACAACAAGCAUGGAAUGAGCGCAGUGGACUACGCCAUCCACUACAAGUACCCGGACGCAGCGUUGGCUAUGGUAACGCACGAAGACAGAUCUGUAGAGGUCCUUGCACUCAAAUCCGACAAACAUCCGUGCGUCACUUUGGCUCUGAUUGCCGCAAUGCCUCGCGUUUUUGAAGCUGUUCAAGAUAAGUGCAUCACUAAGGCAAACUGCAAAAAGGAUUCGAAGUCGUUUUACAUUAAGUACAGCUUCACCUGCUUGGAGUGUCCCGAAUUCUACGCAAACAUGGACGGGAAGACCGGAGAAGCUUUGAGCAUUUCAAAACCAAUUCCACUACCGGCCUUGAAUGCAAUGGUGAGCCAUGGAAGAGUCGAACUCCUAGCGCACCCGCUCAGUCAGAAGUAUCUGCAGAUGAAAUGGAAUUCCUACGGGAAAUACUUUCACAUCGCAAAUCUCCUGUUCUACUCCAUAUUCCUGAGCUUCGUCACUUGCUUCACAUCACAACUGAUGGCUCACGAGCACCCACCUGUCGAUUUCUACCGCCAGUUUUACAUGCCUGGAGCACACCACUUCCCACAGUCGGCGAUGUGGAAGGAAAAAAUGAAUAAAACCUACGACGAGUACUUGGCCAGUACCAAGACCGACAUACUGAAGGUGAAGGUCACUCCAAUGAUGUACAUUAGCGCCAUGGGUAUCGUGGUGUACAUCGGCCUAAGCUCGGUGCGCGAGCUUAUACAGUUAUACCAGCAGAAAUUUCUGUACUUCAUGGACCCGACGAACUUAGUCUCUUGGCUGCUGUACAUUUCGGCGUCGAUAAUGGUGUUUCCGUUAUUCGGCGGCACCAUUACAGAACUACAGUUCUCAUUCGGAUCAGUAUCGAUAUUUUUGAGUUGGCUAAACCUGCUGCUUCUACUGCAGCGGUUCGAUCAGGUCGGCAUCUACGUCGUCAUGUUUUUGGAAAUUCUGCAAACGCUGAUAAAGGUGUUGAUGGUGUUUUCAAUUCUAAUUAUAGCCUUCGGACUUGCGUUUUACAUACUGUUGUCAAGAGGAGAGCACCUUUCAUUUCGCACAAUCCCGAUGUCGUUGAUGCGCGCCUUCUCCAUGAUGCUCGGCGAGAUCGACUUUCUCGGCACGUUCGUCGAACCCUACUAUCUCAGAAAAGAGGAUGGCAGAACCUUACCGUUUCCGAUUCCGGCGUUUCUAAUCCUCGGCGUGUUCAUGGUACUAAUGCCGAUCCUCCUCAUGAAUUUGCUUAUCGGUCUCGCGGUUGGCGAUAUCGAAUCUGUUCGGCGAAACGCUCAACUGAAGCGUUUGGCAAUGCAGGUGAUAUUGCACACCGAAUUGGAGACCAAACUUCCCAAGAUGCUAUUAGAGAAGAUCGACAAGAGCGAACUAAUCGAGUUUCCCAACAAUACAAAGUGCAAGUUGGGUUUCUUCGAUUCGAUAAUUCGCAGAUUUGGUAAUCCGUUUUCCGACGAUGGCAACAAAGAGUUGUAUUUACCCAAUCAAAAGAAAAAGCCAGGUGGUACUGGACUGGAUCUGAUGAUCGAAAGCAACGAAGACUUUAUCGCGAAUGAAAUAGAAAAGACAAAAAGAAAGCUAAGAGACAUAUCCUCAGCGUUAGAAACUCAGCAACAACUGUUGCGCCUAAUUGUGCAAAAGAUGGAGAUAAAAACUGAAGCGGACGAUGUCGACGAGGGCGUCUCGCCGAAUGAAAUUACUCAAUCGGCAGGGUCGGGCAAAUGGACAUCUCCAAAUAUACGUAAAAAGCUACGGACGGCGUUGAGUUUUAAUAAACCGUCGCCCUAGGAUCUUUAUAUGUUUGUAACUCACUAGGUAUAUUAGAAAUGGAUCUCUAUAUUUUUGGGCAGAAAUUAUAUUUUGUAAGAAAUUGGAAAGCGACUUAGCGUCGUAACAUGUUUGUAUGUUCCCUUCGAAACUGUCUGUGGUACCUAAAUGUUUAAAUUUUUUAAAUGUAAUAAAAAAAUGUGAAGAAU